AAGAGGGUGUUCUUACUUCCGUAAACACGAAUCUAAGAUGGCAGCGCCCAUGAGCAUCAUGAAUACUGUCAAAUGGAUUUCAAAAUCACUGAAAAUAUCCAGAUUACAAGUAUCAUGUGGAUCUCUCUUACCGGUUAGAUACUCAUCAGCAGUUGGAUCAAGCAAAUCACUGGUAUACGAAAAAUAUGGAGAUCCAGUAAAGGUGGUAAAGUUAGAGCAGAGGCCUCUUCCAGAGGUUGAUGAUGAUUCUGUUCUUGUGAAGAUGAUUGCAUCCCCGGUCAACCCAUCAGAUAUCAACUCAAUACAAGGUAUCUACCCAAUCAAGCCAGCCUUCCCAGCUGUGGCAGGAUUUGAAGGAGUAGGAGAGAUUCAAGAAGUUGGUAGCAAUGUCAAGGAUUUGACACCAGGAGAGAGGGUUAUCUUCCAAGGAAGUGUGACAGGUACUUGGUGUUCACAUCUUGUUUGCCCUGCCAAUCAAGUGAUGGUAGUUCCUGAAGGCACACCCCCUCUCAUCGCAGCAACUGUUAAAGUCAACGCAUGUACAGCUUACAGAAUGCUUGCUGAUUUUGAGAAUUUAGUAGAAGGUGACACGGUCGUGCAGAAUGCAGCUAAUAGCGGGGCUGGACAGGCUCUCAUACAGAUUGCAGCAGCUAGAGGCUUAAAGACGAUCAACAUCGUGAGAGAUAGACCUGACCUGCAGGAGCUCACAGACUACCUUCACGGCCUGGGAGCAACCGUCGUAACAACAGAGGGCGACCUUCGAAAAGGAGCGUCGUCCUUGCUGAAGGACUUGCCAAAACCUAAACUUGCAGUGAAUGCCGUCGGUGGAAAGAGCAUCAUAGCUCUUGUCAAACAAAUCCAGCAUGGCGGUACCAUAGUUACGUAUGGAGGGAUGUCCAAGCAGCCUGUUAUGGUCCCAACAGGGUCUCUCAUCUUUGAUGACCUCAAGUUCAAAGGUUAUUGGAUGAGCAGGUGGCAUCAAGAGAAUGCUGGAAGCGAGGAAGCGAGACAGAUGUUUGAUCAACUCUGCAGAUGGGGUGGAACGGGACAACUGAGGGCGCCCCAGCACAGACUGGUUGACAUUGAUAAUUAUGGCAGUGCCCUUGAAAAGGCUCUGGGUGAAUAUUCCACGGAGAAACAAAUUCUAACAUUUGGAUCAUGAGUGACCCUUGCUUGACCCCUGAUAUGAUGUGACCUUUGAACUUUUGUAAUGGAGUAGCUUGUUCUGUUCGGUUUGACAGACAUCUUUGAUGAAGGAUUGUAAGUGGGUCACGUUUCAUGGGGGAAUGCGAUUGAACCUAAAUAGAUAUUUUACCAGUAAGGAUCAAGGAAUUUAGAUUUUUGUUGAUUUCAGCUUGGAAUAUUAUGCUUUAUUUAUUCAGUGGUUCAGCUACAGCAGUCGUCAGAAGUAUAAGAAUGAAAUAGAUGGAAUUAUAUAUUAAUGGAAAACUUAUAAGCUAUAGAUUAUAAUGAUAUCAAUUAUAUGCUAUUUUUAGUAUCUGUCAGAGGAGUAAUGGCUCUCUGAAACUCACAAUCUAAAGCUUCUAAAAUCAGAAGUUGUCAACCUAAAAAUCGACUUGAUGGCAUCAUCUUAUGUGGGGUAUGCAUUAUGACUAUGCAUUAAUUAAGCAUGGCAUAUCGCCUCAGCUAUAUAGGCGAGCCAAUUGGGUCCACGCGUUAUGUCGUCACUGUAACUGCGGCAAACGGACCCCUGUUGAACCGCAAUAUUGAGGGGUGAGGAAAACAAGGUUUAAAUUUGCUUUUGUGCAAAACCGAAAGGGAAAA